AUGGCCAUGGCCACGCAAGCCUCGGCGGCGACGCGCCACCUCAUCACCGCGGCCUGGUCGCCCUCCGCCAAGCCCCGCCCCGCCACCCUCGCCAUGCCAUCCUCCGCCCGCGGCCCGGCCCCGCUCUGCGCCGCGGCCCCGGACACCCCCGCCCCCGCCGCGCCGCCGGCGGAGCCCGCGCCCGCGGGCUUCGUGCCGCCGCAGCUGGACCCGUCCACCCCGUCCCCGAUCUUCGGCGGCAGCACGGGCGGCCUGCUCCGCAAGGCCCAGGUCGAGGAGUUCUACGUCAUCACCUGGACCUCCCCCAAGGAGCAGGUGUUCGAGAUGCCCACCGGCGGCGCCGCCAUCAUGCGCGAGGGCCCCAACCUCCUCAAGCUCGCCCGCAAGGAGCAGUGCCUCGCCCUCGGCAACCGCCUCCGCUCCAAGUACAAGAUCGCCUACCAGUUCUACCGCGUCUUCCCCAACGGCGAGGUGCAGUACCUCCACCCCAAGGACGGCGUCUACCCGGAGAAGGUCAACGCCGGCAGGCAGGGCGUGGGGCAGAACUUCCGCAGCAUCGGCAAGAACGUCAGCCCCAUCGAGGUCAAGUUCACCGGCAAGAACUCCUUCGACAUCUAA